AUGAUUAAACCACUGGGAGAGUUUGGAGUGGAGUGGAUAUACGCAUUGUUAGAAAAGAUUUCGAGCACGGAUAAAAUGCCUGAAGACUGGAAGGAAAGUAGAAUGGUUAAGUUGUAUAAGCAAAAAGGAGAUAUAUUGAGUUGUGAAAACUACAGAGUGUUGGACACAAUAACGAUGGAUGUGAGAGACAAUGAGGACUUGUGGGAGUUGCUGUUCGCCGACGACCUAGUCAUCAUUGCGGACACAAAGGAAGAGUUACAGGAGAGAUAUUUGUUUUGGAAAGGCAACCUGGAGAGAAAGGGAAUGAAAGUGAGCACACAAAAGACAGAGAGACAUGGUCUUUAA